AUGUCAUACCCACGCGUCACCCUCACCGCUACCCCCUCCCGCGGCCGCGGCGAGCUCGUCGCAAAACUCAACUGGUUUUUCCGGACGGCCCAGAACAACUCCACAUUCUCCCCCCAAGAAUUUGACGCCUGGUUCCUCACUCUCACCGUCGAAGACCGCGCAACUGUCCACGAGAUCCUCCAACCGCUGCACACCAACUGGCCCAGUCAAGUCGAACACCCCAACGUUAUCGCGCUGGUACACUGGUUGCGUGAGCACCGUGCCGAGUACCGUGCAGAGCGGGCUGCUGCGGUUGCGGAUGACGCUGCGGAGCAGGAGCAAGAUGGGGUGAAUGGGAAUUUGGGGGAUGUGGAAGAGAAGGUUAGACGGAUUGAGGAGACUUUGAAGGGGAUGCAACAGGAUUUGGGAGCUCAGCAGGAACAAGCUGAGGCUGCGCCUACCGUACCUGACCCCGAACCUCCUGUUCCCGAACCUACCUGCCCUGGAACUAUCGACGAGGAGCCGCAGCCGCAGCCCAUUCAUCCUCGCCCAUAUCCCGUCGAUGGAAUGGACGUUCUCGCCGUCCUCGUCAUGGUCCUGGCUCCGGCAUGCUUGGUACGUCUCCUGAUGAUCUUGUUUCUGUUCACGGUUCUCCGACAGGCCUCUAAUGGUACGCGACGUCUCUAG